AGCGUGAUCUCUCGCUGACGAUCUGGUUGAUUCUCCGGGCUGAAAAAAAGCUCAGCUGUGUUUCACCUGGGGUAACUUCAUUUGAUCAGCGUAGUUAUGGAUUCUGUCGUUUUACCAGCCGUUGAGGCUGCUAAGCAGCAAUUUUGUGUUGAAAUGAUGAAAGGCCUUGAUACUCGGCGAAAGAACGACCAGUUUUGUGAUGUGAUUCUAGAAGUUAGCUCCGGUGACGAUCAAGCUCGUUUGAAAGCUCACAAGAUCGUGUUAUGUGCAGCAAGUCCGUUCUUUGACAACGCUCUUAACAGUGACAUGAAAGAAAAGAAAGAAGGAGUGAUCCGAUUAGAAGAGACGAGCAAAGCUGUGAUGGAAGAAGUGUUGGAGUAUCUGUACACGGGACAUGUUGUCAUUAAUGAAAACAAUGCACACGAACUCCUGGCCAAAGCAGAUUAUUUCUUGAUUCCAAGUCUAAAAGUUUUGUCGAGCAAGUUCAUCAUGCAAACACUGUCCCUUUCCAACUGCAUCGUGGCUUAUUAUCUGGCCUUGAAAUAUCGGUGUGAAGAACUUCUGAAAGGUGCUAAGGAUUUCAUUCAUGCCAACUUUGUUGCUGUAGCAGAAACUGAAGAGUUUCUUAAUAUGAGCAGCAAAGAAGUCCAGGAAUGGCUCUCAAGUGAUGAAAUCAUCAUCAAAGGAGAAGAAGUGGUCUUUGAGGUGGUCGUAAAAUGGAUCGAGGCAAACGGCUGUAGAAAAAAUCUUCAAUGUUUCUAUGACUUGUUUCAACAUGUUCGUUUGGUUUACGUGCCGCUCAAUUAUUUGUCCAAAGUGAUUCUCCCGCAUCGCUUUGUAAAAGCCAGAAAGAAAUGUUUGGAUUUGGCCCUAGAUGCAAUAAAUUGUAUUUCUGAGGGUACAGAGGAGCACUUUUUCAGUCAGGCCCCUAGAAAAUGCCUCAAAACUCACGAAGAUGCCAUUGUUGCUUGUGGACAAAGGAAAACAUUGUGUUACCUUCCCUCUGAAGAUAAGUGGUAUCAGUUAGCUGACAUGCUGUCCCCUCAUAACUCAUACUGUCACACACUUUCCACUUGCCAUGGUAAAUUGUAUCUCAUUGGUGGGAAUGUGUCCAGCGGCACCUCUGAACGCUAUGAGCCCUCACUUGACUUGUGGACCUCUGGAAAAGCCCCUGAAGGUGAUGUUUCAGAAGUCAGAGGGUGUGCUGCGGCUGCUACACUCCAGGGUUUCUUGUACGUAGUUGGAGGCAAAAGCAAAAGCAAUGAUGGCAAGCGAUUGAGCACUGUGCAGAAAUACAAUCCUGACACCAACAUAUGGCAAGACGUUUCUCCUCUGAGCAGCCCUAGAUCAAGCAUAUGUGCAGUGGCUGACGGAACUUAUCUGUAUGCUAUUGGAGGCAUGAGUGAUACUGGUAAAUUCGUGAACAUUGUUGAAAGGUUUGAUCCCACUAAUAACACGUGGGAUAAAUGCUGUUCAACUCUUGCAAGAAGAAGACAUGCUGCCGGUGCAGCCAUUAAGCAAAAGGUGUUUGUAUUUGGAGGCCUCUCUGAGCAGUCAGCUGCAGAUUCCUGUGAGGUGUAUGAUCCAGCUACCAACAUCUGGACAGGAAUUCCAAGUGCAGUUGCGCCAAGAGGCUAUGCAAGUGCUGUAAGUUUCAAAGAGCAUAUCUAUGUUUUUGGUUGUUUUCAAAGUGAAGAUGGCAGCAGGCAAGAAAUGUCAUUGCAAGCUUACGAUGUGGACAGCAAUGAAUGGGUACCGUUAAUUCGGUCAUUUGGCUCGAGAUUUUUCAAAAUUUCUCGUCUUAGAAUACUAAGAGAUGUCUUGCUUACUUGCCAGGUACUUGAAUCAUGAUUCUUGCAUCCUGUAAGUUUCAAAUGGCAAUCUAUAUGUAAAGGUAGCCUGUGACAAACAGUUGACACUACUGGUUGACUGAAAUGUCUGUCAAGUGACUGUAUUGGAAACCAUGGGACGGUGCUUUUCAUUAUGCUUAACAGACCGGUCAGAGACCAGUGGAACUAACCAAUGGAAAAUGUUACCACAUUUUCCAAUCAAACCAGACCAAGUGAGAGGAAUGGCUCUUACCUUUUUCUAUACGCAUCCCCAAUCCCCCACAUAAGUGAAAUCUAAAGCUGAAGAGAGGUAGGAAAUUAAGGUGGAACUUGCCAAAAUGGAACAGCAAAUUGCGAUCCAAACAGACCAACUGAUUAAAGGGGACCACCUUUGAAGGUGGUCCUGUAUAUUCUGGUCAGAUCAAACUGAAACAUCGUUCCAUUUGAUCCUUAGUACUGAAAUUUCAAGAAUCUUGGCAUAAUGGAAAGCACCCUAUUUUAUAGAUGCUAUGUGUUAACAUGUCAGCCAAGAAAUGGUCUUUAUUCAAUGCCAAUCUGUACAUCAACUGAUUGUCUUAUUUUGGCCACUGUACAGCAGAACUGAUGCACAGCCAGAAUAUUUUUCUCUAAUUCUUCAGUCUAUAUCAUGCAUGCCAGGGCAUAACUGGGAGUUUUCAAAGGGGGGAUCACGCUGUGUCAAAAUGAGGGUACUCACCCAAAUGUCAUGUCAUUUUUGCCACCUGUUGUAGCUUGUUUGCUUAAAAAAGGCUUACAAUAGGGGGUUCACGGACACCCCAGGAUUCCCCCUAGCUACGCCCCUGCACAUGAAGUUAGGUGCAUUGCUUAAACUGUGUCUACGAUGCAUAUCUGACACUGUUUUCUAAUGUUAUUGAGGCUAUUCAAUGCGGCGUAAACUCUAGUUGAUCAAAGUGUUUGUGGACUACUCAUAGCAUCUUUUAGGUCAAUCCAGUGUAAUAUUUUACUUUUUUCUAGUUUUAAUUCUUAGAUCAUAAUUAUAUUUUUUAACUUUCAUUUUUAUUCAUUUGUUUUAUGCUUUGUAAACUACAGCUGUGUACAACACAUUGAGAUUAUGCAAUUAAUAAGAAUGAUAAUAUACAUGAAAAAAUUACUCAACUGUGAUUGGCUGAGAGCAGUGCAGUU